GAAUACCAGAAAUGUUCUCCUUGUUCUACGGCCUGUGGAACCAUGUGUUUAGCAAGACAGAGUUUCGUGUACUCAUACUUGGAGUCCAUAAGGCUGGGAAGACGACCUUGCUAGAAAAGUUGAAGUCAAUCUAUUUGAAAGGAGAAGGGCUUCCACAUGAUCGUGUCGUUCCAACUGUGGGGCUUAAUAUUGGACGCAUUGAAGAUGCAAAUUUGAAACUUGUUUUUUGGUAUCUGGGAGAUCAGCCUGGCCUAAGAACAAUAUGGGAGAAAUAUUAUGAUGAGGCACAUGCUAUAGUAUAUGUUAUUGAUCCUGCCUCCGCAUCAACAUUUGAAGAUGCCAAAUCUGCUCUUGAGAAAGCGCUUCGACAUGAGGAUCUGCAAGAGGCCCCACUACUCAUAUUCGCAAACAAACAGGAUUUACCAGCAGCAGUCACAGAAGAAGAGUUGGACAGACAUCUUCACCUUAAAGAGUUUGAUGAGAGGCCAUACAUGUUUGUGGUUGGGUCUGCCUAUGAUGGGUAA